AUGGGUCGCUACGGACCCGUGAGCAGUUCGGAUGGUGGUGGGUUCAAAAGCAGAGGAGGCAGCAGAUACAGUAAUGACAAGUCGGAUGGAUUCUUUGAGGAGAGAAAGCGGGAGCGGGAGGCCGUUGAGUUUAGCAUCUGGGCAGGGAUUCCGAGUCCUCCGCCGCCAACGAAGAAGAUCAAGAAGGAGAAGAGGACACGGUCACCAUCAAGAUCUCGGUCUAGUUCGAGCUCCAAAUCGAGCUCAAGCUCGGAUAGUGACGACGAGCGCCGCCGACGUCGGAAGCGAAAGCGGAAGGUCAAAUCCUCGCGUCGCUCUCGUAAGAAGACAAAGAGUUCUAAGAAGAGCAGGAAACGCACGAAGAAUAGCAAGAAAAAUCGUCACAGAACUCGAUGCGUCGACAGCGAGAGUGCAAGCGACGACAGUCGUAGUGGCAGUGUCUCGGACGUGUCGAUAGCGUCUGAGAGUAGAAAGCGCGCAGAUAGUCAUGAGAGACUGAGUGACGUGGAUGAGGGCGAGAAGAGAGAAACGACAGAGUUCAGAGAGGCAGUGCAAGGCUUACGUAAGCAAGAGGACGAAAAAGAGGAGAUUGGGCCGAAGCCCCUAGCGGCAGCAGAAGAGACGGCCGCCUCGUCGCUGAACUAUGGCAAGGCGCUGCUACCUGGUGAGGGAGCGGCUAUUGCACAGUUUGUGCAGAAAAACAUGCGCAUUCCACGUCGUGGCGAAGUCGGCUGGAACGGCGAAGAAAUUGAGAAUUUGGAGAAUCUGGGCUACGUGAUGAGCGGUAGCCGCCACAAGCGCAUGAAUGCUGUCCGUAUUCGAAAGGAGAAUCAAGUGUAUACGGCCGAAGAGAAGCGCGCGCUAGCACUCAUCAACUUUGAAGAGAAGCAACAACGUGAGAACGCGAUCAUGAAUGAUUUCAAGGAGAUGCUGACAGAGCGGUUGACGAAGAAGCACGGCUCUCGACUUGUGGAAGACAUGGAGUCGUCGGCGAAGGACUAG